CUAUCGCGUGGUGGGGAUCAUCCAUAUUGCUGCUGGUGGUGGAGAUAAGGUUGUAAUCCUGAGAGGCCCUCGGACACGUUUCUUUAUUUUUAUAUAUGUUUUAAUCCAGCGCUGACUGCUCUGCGUCUUAGACUGAAGCUCUUUUGGUCUAGGAGCGACAGGGGAGCGGCAGACUCCGCGGAACAACUUCACAUUUCCUUGAAAUUGAAGGCGAAUUCGGGCCGGGGGGAGGACUGGUAAUCCUGAGGGGGGAAGAAAGACGGUGGUGGGAAAUGGCCACUCAGGUGGAGGCUCUCCUGCCCGGCAACCCGCUUGCCAAAGCGGAGGAGCACGGCAAAGUGAUCCGAGGUGAGCCGGAGGAAGAGGAGGGCGGCCGGGGCGACGGGGCCAAGCGGCAGACGGGUGUCGCCGACCAGGGGAGCAGCGGCGGCAGCAGCCCCGGGCAGGGAGGGACCCCCGGUGCGGAGGAGCAGACCUCCAAACAAGCGACGGAGGAGAGCAAAGGAGGCUGUGACAGCGAAGACAAGCAAAACGAGGAGGGUGUUAAAGACGGCAGCAGAAAGGAGUUUACUGAAGCUCCCCCGCCCAAGGUGAACCCGUGGACUAGGAAAAUGAACGCGGUGACCGUGGUCAGCGUGAAUGGACAAGCACACCACGAGUCGACCGGCCCGGCCAAGGUGGUGAGAGCAGGGAACCCACCCAAAGCCAGACGUGGAGGAAAGGUUGGAGAUUUCGGUGACACAAACAGCUGGCCAACUCCUGGGGAGAUCGCAACUAAAGACAUGCAGAUCGAGGCAGUGACACGGACCGUGUCCUGCCCGCCGACUGUCAGGCAGGUCAGAGACUCAUGGAGAUCCACUGCCCCCAAGAGGACGACAGCCAAGAAGGAGUCAAAGGAGAAGAGGGAGAGCAACGAGGAGAGCAAGGAGAACCUGAAGGCCAAGUCAGACGACUCUGGAGAGGAAAAGAACGGCGACGACGACUCCCAGAAGAACGGGCCCAAGAAAAAAGGAAACAAGCAGAAGUGGGUUCCCCUGAUGAUCGAGGUGAAGUCGGAGGGUCCCAGAGAGCGCUCGGCCUCCAGGAACAACAGCAGACAGAACGAAAACCCCCGCCUCCCUCCCAACGCCAGGAACGACCUCAGAGACUGGCACAGUCAAAAGUACGAGCGCGAGUGGCGUGACGACCACGACGAGGUGUCCAGCGUGAAAAGCGAGGGGGCGCCGUUCCGUGGAGGGUUCAGAGGUCGCGGGCGCGGGAGAGGAAGAGGCCGGGGACGAGGCAGAGGUGGCAGCAGAGGCCACUAUGACUAUCACUAUGGCUACAAGUCCUAUGAUAUGAAAGACGGAACCUACGGCCAGAAGUUCAGCAACUCAGUGACCUACUACUACGACAACAUGAGCAGCAACGACCUUUACUCUGUCGAUCAGGACCUGCUGAAGGACUACAUCAAGAGGCAGAUCGAGUAUUACUUCAGCCUGGACAACCUGGAGCGCGACUUCUUCCUGCGGAGGAAGAUGGAUCAGGAGGGCUUCCUGCCCAUCGGACUCAUCGCCAGUUUCCACAGGGUGCAGGCCCUCACCACUGACAUCAACCUCAUCCUGGAAGCAUUGAAGGACAGCAAGGACGUGGAGGUGAUCGACAUGAAGAUCCGUCGGAAGGUGGACCCCGAGAAGUGGCCUCUCCCGGGCCUGAACAUGCCUAACCACACCCACACUGACUUCUCCCAGCUCAUCAACUGCCCCGAGUUUGUCCCGAGACAAAUGAUUGAGGAGCCCAGAGGGUCUCCCAGGGCCUCCACACCAGUGCAGCAACAGACCAAGACUGAACCAGACACUUCCAACCUCAAGACGAUGCCCAAGGGCCUCUCCGCCAGCCUCCCCGACCUGGACUCGGAGUCCUGGAUCGAGGUCAAGAAGAGGCCAAGACCCUCCCCAGCCAGACCCAAGGUCAGCGCAGAGAAGGCCCCCUCGUUGCAGCAGCAGCAGCUGCAGCAGCAGCAGAAGGAAAAGGACGACUCGAUUCGCUCCCCGGUACCCCAGCUUGGCUCAUCGCCCUGCCCCGCUACCUCAGGAAAUAAGGACGGAGCAGAGCAGGACGAACCAGAGGAGCUGGACUUCAUGUUCGAUGAGGAGAUGGAGCAGAUGGACGGACGGCGCAACACCUUCACCGACUGGUCGGACGAGGAAACGGACGGCGAGAUCGACGACCACGACGUCAACAAAAUCCUCAUCGUGACGCAGACACCGCCCUACCUGAGGAAGCACCCGGGGGGCGACCGCACGGGGCACCACACGUCGCGCGCCAAGCUGACCAGCGAGCUGGCCAAGGUCAUCAACGACGGGCUCUUCUACUACGAGCAGGACCUGUGGGACGACACGUACGAGCCUGAGUACGCCACCAUCAAGCAAGAGGUGGAGAACUUCAAGAAGGUCCACCUGAUCAGCCGCGAACAGUUUGACUGCCUGACUCCCGAACCUCCUGUCGACCCCAACCAGGAAGUCCCACCAGGCCCCCCGCGACCCCAGCAGAUCCCCACAGACGCUUUGGCAAACAAACUCUUCGGUGCCCCUGAGCCCACUUCAAUAGCUCGCUCGCUCCCAACUACCGUGCCUGACUCGCCCAACUACCGCAGUGCCCGGACGCCCCGCACGCCUCGUACCCCUCACCGGAAGGACCCGACCAUGACACCGCGCUUCUACCCUGUGGUGAAGGAAAGUCGGCCUGUCGAUGCCAAGACACCCAGGAAAAGGAAGACCCGACACAGCUCCAACCCACCCAUGGAGUGCCACGUUGGCUGGGUGAUGGACUCCAGAGAGCAUCGCUCACGCACCGCCUCCGUCAGCUCUAACGCCAGCCCAUCAGAAGGCACCCCCGCCCUGGGUAACAUUGGCUGCACGCCUCAGUCCCUCCCCAAGUUCCAGCACCCAUCACACGAGCUGCUCAAGGAGAACGGCUUCACGCAACACGUUUACCACAAGUACCGCCGGCGCUGCCUAAACGAGCGAAAGCGACUCGGAAUCGGCCAGUCGCAGGAGAUGAACACGCUCUUCCGCUUCUGGUCAUUUUUCCUGCGGGAUCACUUCAAUCGGAAGAUGUACGAGGAGUUCAGACAGCUGGUGGUCGAGGACGGGAAAGAAGGAUACAGGUACGGUUUGGAGUGCCUCUUCAGGUACUACAGCUAUGGUCUAGAGAAGAAGUUCAGGCCAGAAAUCUUUAAGGACUUCCAGGAGGAGACCAUGAAAGACUACGAGGCUGGCCAGCUUUAUGGACUGGAGAAGUUCUGGGCCUUCCUUAAAUACUCCAAAGCCAAGACCUUGGACAUUGAUCCGAAGCUGCAGGAGUAUCUGAGCAAGUUUAAACGUCUGGAAGAUUUCAGGAUUGAUCCGCCUAUGGAGGAAGGAGGCCGCAGAAGACACUCGUCCAGCGGGGACGGUCGCCGUCGGCACCCCUCUCAGCCCUCCAGCCGGCCCCAGAGCCAGGCCAGCUCAGGCCCCGGCCCCGCCCUCACCGCCCAGGGCCCUGCAGCCAAGGAUGAUGCCAAACCCACCAGCCAGAAAGCCCCUGCCCCGACCGCUGACCCCGCACCAGAUGCCAAGACACUGAAGUAAAACCCCACACAAUACAUCCGCCGGCCCGCACGGAUCAACUCAACCAUGUCUGCAAGUUGCCGGUUCUCUCUGCGCCACAGGAGGGGGGAGGGGGCGUCCAGCUCUUCUUUCAAGCAUGAGAAUAUAUAUAUAUUUUUUUCCCUACAACAACUUUCAAUUGAAAAAUAAGGAAGAAGAUAAUUUAAAUUGCUCAGUUUACUCAUUAGUUUUAAGUUUUUGAGGAAAUUAUCCUUUUGUCUUAAUGAGGCAAAGAAUGGAUGGAUUUUUUGUUUUCAUUAUUAUUCCAUUGCCAGUCCACACGGUGGAUGGUUUAAUGGUGAUCUUUUUUUUUUUGACCCCCCUCUCUGUCACUGGGGACCCCUCUCUGGUCAUUACUGUCCUGCUGGCUGAAAGAUAUUUGAUUCCCCACCCAGAUCUCAGAUUAAUGAUAAUUAUUUCUUCAGCAUGUGGAGGGAUUUGGAGACUUGGGAAUAGUUUGAACGAGACUGAGCAUCUGAGAAGCCCCCGCGGGCGGCUGGCCCAGGGGCCAUGCUGCUCCUGACAUCCAACCGGACCAAAGUGGUUUGAACCGAGCGACUGACAUUUCCAUCCGCAGAGCCCCAAGGUGCUCCCACCUGAGGGGUUAAAAAUUAGAAAUAUUUGAUUUACUUUAUGGCUGGACAUCGAGGGGAGAAACAUUAAAGAACCAAAUGAUUAAAAAAAAAAGGAAAAAAAGACUUGUACCACCCCCUCAGUAUGGACAUAAUCAUUGAAAGUUGCCUUAUUUUAAUGGUUUUACUGCUUCUAACUUGUGCCCGCCACCUUAUUGUCGAUUGUACAGCAUUGACAUCACCCAUAUAUCUGGUCACCGUUCCCAGCAGAGGCCACUAGGUGGCGCUGCGUCUGCCAAACUGUUCUCCAUUCCCCUCCACUUCCUCCCCUCUCAUCACCUCUUCGAGCUGUCUUCCAAGUGUCAUUCGGUCUGUUACAAGUUCAGUAAAUCUUCCCUGUGUUUGCAAGUCGUGGCUUUUUGUGCUGAAACACGUUAACCUGGUUGAAGUUCGCCACCCUGACCCUCCCCCCACCUGAAAAAAACAAAGCAAAACAAAAAAACACUUGGGGAGUUGGGAAGGGAGGAUCCCCCGACGAUCUCCCUUUGGGUGCUUCCUGACUUUCUCUGUCGCCCCCCCCCCCGUCAGACGAGCUGCAUCCAUCCGUUCAUCCAUCCGCUUGACAUCCAUCCAUCAGUCGACCAUCAGUGACACUACAGGACUGGAAUCAUCAAUCUGGAUUACUUGAAGAAAACGAUGGUUAUGAGGAGGAGCCGUCGUGCUCUUGACGCAGGUGCUCUGGGUGGAGACGCUAACAAGGCUCCAGGCGUUUUGGCCUCUGAACUUCACUGUCGUUCACUCGGCUGGACCCCCGCCGCCCACCCAUCCACUCACCCCAAACACCCGCAACCCCCGCCGCUGCUUAACAGGGGGGGGGGGGGGCAAACGGGCACUCGGGCACUCGGGGCGCUCGCCGCCUCUUCCUGUUUCUCACACACAUCAGUUAACAGGCAUGAACACUGACAGGUGUAGUCGCACGCAGGUACAGAUGUAGCAGCGUGAGCAAGAUGAAUACUAAACACACGGCUCCACAUCUUUGUCUUGUUGUGGACAAAAAACUUAAGACUGAAUUGCUCGUUCGCACUCUGUUCCGUUCGGACGUCACUCUUCCUACAGUCAGCUGUGUGGAUAGUUACAUCUUUAUCCCGCUUGAUACUGAUGAUAUCAAAUAUUGAUUUUUUUUUCUUCCAUUAAUGUAAAUGUGAAUUUGACAGAUGAAGAGAAGUGAUUACAGCUCCCUGCUACUUGUUUUAUUGUUUAUAGAACAGAUUAUAUAUUUGCCUUACUCGUGUACGUACUCUAACUUUUUUUUUUUUUUAAUGGUCUCAUAAUUAUCUUUUAAUGCUUUUAAUUUCAAUUUGCAGUGUUUCUAGCAUUGUUGUUAUGAUGGAGGUGGGGUUUGUGUCAGGCUGUUGAAACAUCAGGAACAUAGUUCACAUUACAAAAGGGAAAGUUGACAUCAGGGCGUCAACAGGUUAUGGUGCAAAAACAAAAUCUAUUAGUUUAUAGUGUUUCAUGUUGAAAUCACAGUUCAUUUUGCUCUUUUAGCCAAAUUGAUGAAGCAGCAUUUCCAACAACAAACUUAAUGGUGACUCAAACUAAUUAAUGAAUCUUCAUUUUUCAGGUUUUCUACAAAUAGUACGUCUGCACAGUCUAACUGGAAAGGCACUGAAAAUUCAAAUUUGUAAUAAAAAUUGACUGGGUCCUUCCCUGACCCUUUCCCCAUCCCUCCACCAAGUUUGGUGCAAAUCGGUUCAGUACUUUUUGCACAAUCCUGCUGACAAUUUGAACUGAACAAGCAGUUUGUAAAUUUCUGGGAAAACGCAUCUCAAGUCUUAAUACACACUUGGUUAUCCAGAUGCUUAAUGAGGUGAACUGUUUUCCGAUGACAUGCUGCAACGUUUCCUGUAGGGUACAGUCACAUCAUUGAAAAUCUUCAAAUGCUUUUGAAGAAUUUAAUUGGAAAAAGCUUGACAUUUUUAGGUGAAACUAUGUUGGCCACCUGUGCCUGUUUUUUUUUUUUUCUAGGUCCUUUGGUGUAAAAAAUCAUUCAGCCUGUUGGUUAAUGUUCCAGCAGAGUGGAGGUGGAUAUCACAUUGUUUUGUCAGUGUUUUCUGUUCUUCAGUUUCUUCCUCUAAACCCAGAAUUGUUGGAAACAAGAAAAUGCAAAGCAAAGCUGUACUUACUUCUUUUUCCUUUUACUGUCUUGUUGGUUUAACUUCAGGGAGAUUCGGAUCAGUUUCAGAAGCUUACAGUUGAUGCAUCAAGUUGUUUACUUGAGGUUUAAAGACGGGGAAAAAAAAAGAGCUACAAAAUAUUCAAUACUCCACGCAUUUCCCAAAACCAGCGAAAGCCUUUGGUGUGAGCUGGUGUGUGGCUACAGACAUGACGGGCUGCCACUAGGGGGCCUUUCCUUGUGGGACAGUCACAUGAAACCUCCCUCUAAUGUGAUCAUCACUUGCCAUCGCCUUGGCACUGGACAUGUGUGUGGAGGGGGUGGUUUCAGGUGUUUUGGGAGUUUUCAGCCUUCUAAUAUCAGCUUAGAACUGCUGCUAGCUGUCCAAACAAACUGUAGGGGGUGCUGCAACCCCCCCGCUCAUCAGUUUUACACAAACUUGGCCAUGUGGCCGGACACUGGAGAGAUGCUUGAUGAACGGUGGGGAAGAGAGGGAAGAGUGGAAGAGGAAAGAGAGAAAGAACCUGACUGGGGAUUGUGAUGUUGCUCAGAGGAAUAUGGCUGGUUAUGAUGUCUGGAGACUGGAAAAAAAAAAGGACAAAAUUCCAUAAAGCCAUAUGAAUAAGAAAUAACUGUAUAUGAACCAUUCAAAUAGUUCAUUACAUUACAAUAUCCUAGGCUUGUCAUGAGGAAAAAAAGAUGAAAACGAGGAAAAAAGGAACAAAAAAAUAUAUAAAAUGGAAAAAUGUAAAAUACUUGAAUGAGAUCUUGUAUAAUAUCAUUUAAUAUUCAUAAUAUCUGCUUUGUAGGCUGAUGUGAUUCGCUAUUAGUGUUAUUUGUAAUUUGUAGUAAUUAUGCUUUCCUUUAAUAAAGAAAAAAAACACAAAACGGACAAAAAAACCUCAA